GUAGCAUUUGCUGCUCGAACAAGAACCAAUAAAGCCUUCUUGGGUCCAACAGAAACUAUAGUGUUUGAUGAAGUAACUGUGAACAAUGGAAAUGCUUAUGAUCCAUUGACCGGUAUAUUUACUGCACCUUUUAAUGGUGUUUACCACUUUUCAUCGACCAUAUUGUCUGGUUUUAAUGCUACAAUAGAGACCAUGUUUGUUUUGAAUGGUGAAGAGGUUGGUCGGAUGUUUUCAGGUGCCUUUCUGAGCCGUGGUUCAGGAUCUAAUAGUAUUUUGUUAAACCUGAAGGAAAGAGAUGAAGUAACAGUCAAUGUGUUCUAUGGUAAUGGUCAUUAUGUACAUGGGGGCUGGAGCACAUUUAUGGGUUACCUCAUCAGU